CUCAAAUGAGUCCAAACCCAGUGUAGUAGUGCAGAAACAAGAGAGAGAAAGAGAGAGAGUGCGACGGCGACGGCGACGGCGACGUGGAUAAGGAACUUGCUCCGAUCUGAGUACUCGAGCAAUCGGAAAUUUUCUCUGCACUGAUGGCGGUUACCAUUCCGACGCGGCAGCUUUUCAUCGACGGAGAUUGGAAAGCACCGAUCAGCGGAAAGCGCAUUCCGAUUAUCAAUCCGUCCACCGAAGACACUAUCGGGUAUAUUCCGGCAGCUACCGCCGAAGAUGUGAAUGUUGCAGUAGAAGCUGCUCGGAAAGCAUAUUAUCGUAAUGGAGGCAAAGAUUGGUCAUCAGCUGCUGGAGCACACCGAGCCAAAUAUUUACGAGCGAUUGCUAACAAGAUCAAAGAAAGGAAGCAGGAACUGAUUAAGCUUGAAGCAAUUGAUUGUGGGAGGCCAUUGGAUGAAGUUGCUUGGGAUAUGGAUGAUGUUGUUUCAUGUUUUGAAUACUUUGCUGAUGCUGCUGAAAAACUGGAUUCGGAGCAACGGGCUCCUGUAUCACUACCAAUGGAAGCAUUCAAGUGUCAUGUUCUGAAAGAACCAAUUGGUGUUGCCGGUUUAAUCACGCCAUGGAAUUAUCCUCUGUUGAUGGCUAUAUGGAAGGUUGCCCCUGCCUUAGCAGCCGGGUGUACUGCUGUUCUUAAACCUUCGGAACUAGCUUCAGUAACUUGUUUGGAGUUGGGUCAAGUGUGUAAAGAUGUUGGUCUUCCACCAGGUGUGCUCAACAUUAUACCUGGUUUGGGGCCCGAAGCCGGUGCCCCUCUGGCUGCGCAUCCUCUCGUUGACAAGAUAUCAUUCACAGGGAGCGGUGCUACAGGAAGCAAAAUCAUGACAUCUGCUGCGAAACUCAUUAAACCCGUUACAAUGGAGCUCGGUGGAAAAAGCCCCAUUAUUGUAUUUGAGGAUGUUGAUCUCGACAAAGCUGCCGAGUGGACUAUUUUCGGUUGCUUUUAUGCAAAUGGUCAGAUAUGCAGCGCAACUUCUCGGCUCCUAGUCCAUGAAAGCAUUGCAUCGGCAUUGGUGGAGAAGCUCGUGAAAUGGAGCGAGAACAUUAAAAUAGGCGACCCCUUUGAGGAAGGUUGCCGACUCGGCCCUAUCAUUAGUGCACAACAGUAUGAGAAAGUGAUGAAGUACAUCUCGACAGCAAAGGAGGAAGGAGCUACAAUCUUAUACGGGGGCGAACGACCACCGCAUUUAAAGAAGGGCUUCUAUGUUCAGCCGACUAUAAUAACCGAUGUGACGACCUCAAUGCAAAUAUGGAAAGAGGAAGUCUUCGGACCUGUUAUUUGCGUUAAACCAUUCAAAACCGAAGAGGAAGCCAUUGAGCUAGCUAACGAUACUCAUUACGGUUUGGCUGCUGCUGUGUUAUCCGAAGAUCUGGACAGGUGCGACCGCGUGGCUAAGGCAUUCGAAGUAGGCGUUGUUUGGGUGAACUGCUCGCAGCCGUGCUUCUGCCAAGCCCCUUGGGGCGGCAAGAAAAGGAGCGGCUUUGGUCGCGAACUUGGAGAAACGGGGAUCGACGACUACUUGAGUGUAAAGCAGGUGACGCGAUACGCGUCGAGCGAGCAAUGGGGGUGGUACAAGCCCCCUCCCAAGCAGUGAGAGUUGUCGAGAUCGAUCGAUUGAUCGACCGACCGACCGGGGAGAAGCUUCUAGAAGGUGGUUUGCUCGACACUUGUAGUCUUGAAUUGAGGUAAUAAAUGGAUUUUUAUUCCAUGGAAGGACUGCCUUAUUGUGUUAUAUGGUGAGCAUCGAACCUUUUCUUAUAUGUCUUUAAUGUGGUUUUGUGUUUA